AUGAAGAAGGUUUCACAACUCAGCAUUAUCUUCCGUGACGAACUACAAAAUCUCCACAAAGACUCUGUCCAAACUCUAGAUGUCGCCGGGAAAAACCAAUCUAGUAGUACUUCAUCGUCGGACAACGAACGCGACCGAUUCGCCAGCUUGUUUUCUCCUUGGUCAUCGUCUUCGUUUCAAAUGCCUCUUCAGUACCCGAAUUACACAAAGGAACAGUACGAGAUUAUGUCGGAGGAAGAACUCGAUCGACUUCUCAAACUCUAUGGUCUGCCAAUAGAUGUCGGUGACUUGUCUUGCAAAAAAGAUUUUGCAGUCGGUGCAUUCUUGUGGGAGACGGGGUUAAAUUCUUCAGUGGAUGAGCGUGAUUCAGUUAACCCUAAUUCUUCCGGUGGUGAUCUGGAUGAGAGAUCUUUGAUGGCAUUGAUGACGGUUCUCGUAAAAGAUUUGGUUCAAUUUAUAUUUCGUGUGUAG